UCAUUUAAUCCCAAUCCCUUCCAUUUUUUCCCUUUAGAAUAAAAACCCAAAAUUUCCCCUCUCAUUUUCUCUCCUACCAAACACCAAAAAGCUCCAAUCUUUCUACAGAUCUGACCCAAAAUAAAUUUUGGUUUUCUUUAAUUUGAUGUCAUCUCCAACUACGCCGUCGUAUUGGUGCUAUAGAUGCAACCGUUUCGUUCAGGUUUGGAGACAAGACUCGGUAACUUGCCCAGAAUGUGAAUCCGGGUUCAUUGAAGAAAUCGAAAACCCUCCGCACAUGAUUCAAACAGAAGCAUCACGUGAAAGGCACCGCAGACGUUCUCCCGCUGCCGGAACGAUGUUCAUGAUCGGUAACCGCUCAAACCCCCAUCGCCGUAACCGUCGCGGUGGAGCCGCCGGGAGCGGAGACCGGUCCCCGAUCAAUCCAGUGAUCGUGCUUCGUGGCGGGCCUGGAGGGGCGGCGGAGGACGUAGUGGGAGAUGACGGUGGCCGCGGUGGUGGAGGGUUCGAGCUUUAUUAUGAUGACGGUGGUGGGUCCGGGUUGAGGCCGUUGCCGCCGAGCAUGUCGGAAUUUUUAUUGGGAUCAGGGUUUGAGAGAUUGUUAGAUCAGUUAACACAUAUUGAAAUGAAUGGAGGGUUUGGCCGCUAUGAGAAUCAGCACCCGCCGGCGUCAAAGUUGGCGAUUGAAUCGAUGCCUACGGUAAUUAUUAACGAAUCUCAUACUUUUACCGAAUCGCAUUGUGCUGUUUGUAAGGAGGCUUUUGAAUUAGAAUCCGAAGCACGAGAGAUGCCUUGUAAACAUAUCUAUCAUACUGAUUGUAUACUUCCUUGGUUAUCUAUUCGUAAUUCUUGUCCGGUUUGUCGACAUGAAUUGCCCUCUGGUGAUGAUGACGGUGAGGAUGGGGUUGGGAGUCCGUUACCUGAAGCAGGGAAUGGACAGGGAAAUAACGAGGAGGAGGCAGUUGGGCUGACGAUAUGGAGGUUACCUGGAGGAGGGUAUGCGGUGGGGAGGUUUACAGGGGCGAGGAGGGGAGAAAGAGAGUUGCCCGUGGUUUAUACAGAGAUGGAUGGUGCGUUUAACAAUGGUGGGUUGCCGAGGAGGAUAUCUUGGGGGUCUAGAGGGGGUGGAAGGAGGGAGAAUGGUGGUGGGGUUAAUGGUGGUAGAGACGGUGGUAAUAGAGGGUUUGGUUUUGGGAGAGUUUUGAGGCAUUGGUUUGCUUGUUUUGGCGUGGGACGGGGUUCGAGUUCAAACUCCAGAGUCACUGGGAGGAAUAGGCCUUCUCCUGUUUUUAGCAGUUCCUCUUCGAUGAGGAGAAGGGGUUGGGGCGCUGAGAUUAAUACUGGAAGGAGACGGUGAGAAUGCAUUAAUGAGAGAUGAUCAAAUGGAUGUUCUGUUUUUUGCUUCGAAGGUGCUUGUUACUGAAUUGUAUAUACGGAGAUUUGAGAAUGACACCCAAUUGUGAGUUUCAGUUCAUAAUAUAAAAAAAGUAGGGAGGUUUUAUGAAUUGUGUAACGAUACUGUCUCAAUGAAAGAAUCUCGAAGAAGCAGUGGGAGCAAAGUACCUGAAAGAUGCUGGAGCUUGGCAUUUGGAGAGGAACAUUUUGGGAGCCAAGAAGGUACAGGCCUAAUUAUACGAAAGUGCCUUUAACUAGUUUUCAUGCAGUGAACUACAGGCCUUGCAAUUUUUUUUUUUUUGUUUCUUCUUUAAUGUUCCAUUAUUUGGUAUUUGUAAGUUAGCAGCAGACCAGCAGUUGUUUUUCAUCUGUCAUUCUUUUUCCAAGAAAUCUAUAAACUCUAGCACCUCUAAGUUUGAAGCA